AUGCGGGUGAUGAUCCGGUUACUACCGCUGUUGGCGGCAGGUGGCAUUCUAGCUGCAGAUGAUUCCUCCAGUUCGACCGGCACGUCCACGGGGAAGGGGGUGUUCACGCUGGAAGGGACCAUCACCGAUAAAGUCACUGAUGCCGCCACUCCGACCGGCACCUAUCAGUCGAUCACCUCGACCGUCACCCUAGGCACCGGCCAUGGGACCGUCAUCGGCUCACACACCCUCACCGGCUCCGACGCGAUGGUGACAACGGCGUCGAAUAGCUCCAAUGCGACGACGUCCACCUCCAAUUCUCUGACGGUGCUGGGCGGCACCCAGACCCUCAACGGCACCGCCAAUGGCACCAUGACGGCCUCGGCGUCCGCCUCGUCAUCUCCGGUGGUCAACACCCAGCCCUGCAACGGAUACCCGGAAUUCUGUGCCCGGAACUAUUCCAACAUCACCGUGGUUGCUGCCCACAACAGUCCCUUUGUGCAACCAGGCAGUGUCGCCGCCAAUCAGGCUUUGGACGUCGAGGCUCAGUUGGACGAUGGAAUUCGAAUGUUACAAUUCCAGACCCAUCUCGUCAAUAACACGAUGCGCCUGUGCCACAGCAGCUGCGAGCUGCUCGAUGUCGGGACCCUCGAGGCCUAUCUAACACGGGUAACCAAGUGGAUGAAAGCCCAUCCGUACGAUGUGGUCACCAUUUUGAUGGGCAACUCGGACUACGUCGAUCCGGGCAAUUUCACCGGACCCAUCCAGAGCUCCGGUCUGAUGGAUUUGGUGUAUACGCCCACCAAGAUUCCGAUGGCCUUGGACGACUGGCCGACACUGUCCAGCAUGAUCUUGUCCGGCAAGCGUGCAGUCAUGUUCCUGGACUAUCAAGCCAACCAGACAGCGUAUCCAUGGCUCAUGGACGAAUUUUCCCAGGUCUGGGAGACGCCGUUCUCUCCGACGGACCGAGACUUUCCCUGCGACGUCCAGCGCCCCCCGGAUCUGGCGGCGCCGGACGCCAGGAACCGGUUGUACAUGGCGAACCACAAUCUCAACAUCCAGAUGGACGUGCUGGGUCUCAGCCUGCUCAUCCCGAACACGGCGCUCUUGAACGAGACGAACAAUGUGACCGGAUUUGGCAGUCUGGGCCUGAUGGCGAGCAAUUGUACCAGAAUCUGGGAUCGUCCCCCGAGCUUCCUCUUGGUCGACUACUACAACUACGGCCCCGUCAACGGCACGGUCUUCGAGGUCGCGGCGAAGAUGAAUAAUGUGACGUACAACGGAAAGUGCUGCGGCAUCGCCAGCACCGGCAUGAGCCUGACGCCGCAGGGCGUCAUGGCCACCGCACUCCUGAUCGGCGGUAUCCAAUUCCUCAUCUCUCUGUUUUGA